AUGCGCACCCCCGGGUUUUGGCUUUGGGCCUCGCUCGCAGCCUCGUGUGCCGCGGUUCACACCCCAUGGAACCUAGGAAAUGGCUUUCAACUCACCGUGACCGAGAGUACCAACCAAUUGUCUAUUACUCACCGUGGUCGAUCCAUUUGGGAGACUGUGCCAGGCCAGUCAUUCCUCAGUGCCAGCGCAGGAGAUGACGAGGUAAUCGCCGCCAAUGGUAACUUCAAGAUCAAUGAAGUAGACCAAAACAAGUGUACCGGCCAGAAAAUUAGCGAUGUUGCUGCCCAGUCAUGGCACGGCAGUGAGAAUGAUCAUGCUGCAGUUAUUCGGGGUCAGCUCACCGGCUGCGGUGACACCACUCCUCAUUUCUCUGUCGCGUUCUGGGUCCCAUCCCAGUUCCCCGACCGCGUUGCUUUUAGCAUCAAUGUCGACCCUGGAGCUUCGUCGAAUGCGGCAACGAAGCUGUUCCUGACAUACCGCUCUUCGCCAUCUGAGGAUUUCUACGGACUCGGUGCCCAGGGAUCGUUCGCCUCUUUCAAAAACCAGACUGUCCCCAUAUUCUCGCGCGAGCAAGGUGUUGGUCGUGGUGACCAGCCCACAACUCGUCUUGAAAACGAGGAUAGUUUCUUCGCCGGCGGAGAUCAGUUCACAACCUACACCGCCAUACCGCAGUAUAUCAGCUCGAAAGCUCGGGUCUUCCACCUGACACAAGAGAGCUCUGCCUACACCACAUUCGAUUUCACCGAUCCUACUGCUGUUACCGUGCGAUAUGAUGCCAUGAGUGUCAACGGCUACUUCAUGCAAGCCGAGAACAUGCUUAACGGUAUUUCCAUGCUUACCGAUUAUACCGGCAAGAUGGUCGCGUUGCCCGAGUGGGUUGACAGCGGGGCCGUGCUUGCUAUUCAAGGCGGACAGACCAAGGUGAACAGGAUUGUCAAACAAGGACUUGAACUUGAAUGUCCCAUUGCUGCAGUCUGGCUUCAGGAUUGGUCUGGUACACACUCGCAGAGCGUGUCCUACAUGUCGCUGAAUGUCUCUCGUCUUUGGUGGAACUGGGAAUCUGAUACCACACUUUACCCGACAUGGAAGGAGUUCGUGCAGUCUCUGCGGGAUCAGCACAAUGUUCGUACUCUGGCAUACAUCAACCCAUUUUUGGCAAACGUCAGCACGAAGCCUAAUGGCUACCGCACCAACCUUUACGACGAGGCCAGUCGGGGUCGUUACAUGAUUCAGAACUCGACUACUAAUAGCACAUCUGUUAUUUCCAGUGGCCCCGGCCUUGAAGCUGGUAUCCUUGAUCUUACCAACUAUGCUGGACGAUCCUGGUUCAAGGAGGUCAUGCUGGAUCAAGUUUGGAGCGCCAAUAUCUCUGGAUUUAUGACUGAUUUUGGCGAAUACACCCCUAUCUAUCCGGACACUCAGUUCGCUAACAGGAGCAUUGAUCCCUUCUUCUACCACAAUGCCUAUCCGCGCGAGUGGGCUGCUCUCCACCAGUGGAUUGGAAAGAAUGUGUCUUCAUUCUCAGACGCCAUCCUGUUCCACCGCUCAUCAUCUAUGGCGGCAAACCGGCACAUGAAUCUAUACUGGGCAGGCGAUCAAAACACAAAUUGGGGCGUCAACGAUGGCAUCAAGGCUGCCGUAACCGUCAUAGGCCACAUGGGUCUGUCAGGCUACGCUCACGGCCACAUGGAGAUUGGUGGAUAUACCACUACUUGGGAUAAUAACGGUGUUGUGAACCGCUCUUCUGAAUUGCUCGGUCGAUGGGGCGAACUUGCUGCCGUGUCCAGUGUAGUUUUCCGUACUCACGAGGGCAACGUCCCCCAGGUCAACGCGCAAUUCUACAACAACUCAACUACCUACUCAUGGUUCGGUUACAAUGCGCGCAUGUUUGCCAGUCUUGCGAAAUACCGUCGCCGCAUCUUGGAAACCGAAAGCAAGACCUUAGGCUGGCCUUUACUUCGCAUGCCCGUCGUUUACCACCCGGAUGACCAGGUCGCCAAGGCAAUAAGCUACCAGAGCUUCUAUCUCGGCUCUGAUUUGUACGUCGCACCGGUGCUGGACCCCGGCCGCACUAGCGUGAAAGUUUACUUCCCCGGCAAGAAUCAAAUUUUCACCCACGUUUGGUCUGGCAAGAAGUACCACGGUGGCAAGACUGCACGCGUCUCCGCACCGUACGGGAAACCCGCGGUUUUCGUCGUUGGGACGCCGAAGAACAAUGAUUUGGAUGACUUCCUGCAAUUCGUCCGCCAGGAGAAUAACACCGUUAUCCAUUUCUAG